AUGGACCAUCAUGACUGGCAGUAUGGCAUCAGUAGACGCAACCGGCACCAUGACGACUACGACGACUCUCAGCCUGUAUACAUUGGUGUUCCAGUUACACGCAGACGUAAAAGGCGCAGACAUCAUUCCUACGCUAGUGUAACCAGCCGUGAUCGACAACAUGCCCAUUAUGAUCACCACACACACCACGAACAGCCCCGCCGUGGCUACUACCAUGACGAAGAGGAGCACGAUGAAGAUCAGGAGGGAAGGGCAGAGCGGCAUGAACACCAAGACCCUGCAGUGUCCCCAGCAGCAGAACGGUUACGUCACAUUCUUGGGGAUGAUGACAACACCCCAACACCCACAAUCUUCACUGAAAUGGACACACUACAACAUGAGGGGGAUGAGCUGGAGUGGAAAGAGUCUGCUAGGUGGGUGAAGUUUGAGGAGAAAGUAGAGGAGGGAGGAGAAAGAUGGAGCAAGCCUCACGUCUCCACACUGACCCUCCACAGCCUGUUUGAGCUCAGGACGUGUCUGCAGACGGGCAGCAUUCUGCUGGACCUGGAGGGCUACUCCCUGCCGCAGAUCGUGGAUGAGAUAGUGGACCGCCAGAUAGCGGACGGCAUGGUUGGUGAGGAGGUGAAGGAGAAGAUCAGCUUUGUGUUGCUAAGAAGACAUCGCCACCAGACCAAGAAACCCAUCCACCGCUCCCUGGCAGACAUAGGGAAAUCUUCUAACACCACCUCCAACCCGGCCCAGAGUCGCAGCAUGAACGACAUUUCUGACACACCGAGCACUGACCAGCUGAAGAAUAAGUUCAUGAAGAAGAUUCCUCGUGACGCCGAGGCUUCCAACGUCUUGAUUGGGGAGGUGGACUUUCUGGAGAAACCCUUUGUUUCCUUUGUGCGCUUGGCUCAAGCCACGACGCUGGGGGGUCUUACUGAGGUCCCUGUCCCCACAAGGUUUCUCUUCAUCUUGCUGGGUCCUCUUGGUAAAAGCAAGUCCUACAACGAGAUCGGCAGAGCUAUCGCCACGCUCAUGGUGGAUGAUUUGUUCAGUGAUGUGGCUUAUAAAGCCAGGGACCGUGAGGACCUGAUUGCAGGUGUCGACGAGUUCCUCGAUGAGGUGAUAGUUCUUCCUCCAGGGGAGUGGGACCCCAAAAUCCGGAUCGAACCUCCCAAAAAUCUUCCAUCUGCAGAAAUGAGGAAGUCAGUACUGAACCUGAAUGAACUCGGUCAGAUGAACGGCUCAGCUGGGGGUGCACGCGGUGAAGAAGAUGAGGUGAUGCCGGCUGUCCACGAACUGGGGGAAGAGCUGGCAUUUACGGGGAGGUUCUGUGGUGGCUUAUGGCUGGACAUCAAGAGGAAAGCGCCCUGGCUGUGCAGUGACAUUUGCGAUGGCUUCCAUAUCCAAUCGGUCUCCGCCGUGCUGUUCAUCUACCUGGGCUGCAUCACGAACGCCAUCACUUUUGGAGGGCUGCUGGGCGACGCCACCGAUAAUUACCAAGGUGUGAUGGAGAGCUUCCUUGGCACGGCCUUGGCAGGGACGGUGUUCUGUCUCUUAAGUGGCCAGCCUCUCAUUAUUCUGAGUUCCACCGGACCCAUCCUCAUCUUCGAAAAACUCCUCUAUGAAUUCAGCAAGAAGAACGACAUAGACUACAUGGAGCUGCGGCUGUGGAUCGGGCUGCAUUCCUGUCUGCAGUGUCUGAUCCUCGUGGCCUCGGAUGCCAGCUACAUCAUCAAGUACAUGACCCGGUUUACUGAGGAAGGUUUCUCCAGCCUCAUCUCCUUCAUCUUCAUCUCUGACGCGAUUAAGAAGAUGGUAGGAGCCUUCAAGUACUACCCAAUCAACCGUGGCUUCAAGCCCGAUUUUGUCACGGCUUACAAAUGUGAAUGCAUAUCUCCAGAUCAAGCAUCUGCACUUGGCUUAAAUGUGUCAGCCCCCCUGGCAGAUGACAACAUGACUGUGUUGUACAACCUAACAGACCUUGACUGGAGUAUGAUGAGUAAAAAAGACUGUUUAAAGUACGGCGGUGCCCUGGUGGGGAAUGCCUGUAAGUACGUCCCAGACUUGGCCCUCAUGUCCUUCAUCUUGUUCUUUGGUACCUACUCCAUGACUGUCUCGCUCAAGAAGUUCAAAUCCAGCCGCUACUUUCCAACCAAGUUCCGUACACUGAUUGGUGACUUCUCCAUCAUCAUUUCUAUCCUGGUCUUCUGUGGGCUGGACUGCCUGCUGGAGCUGGAUACACCCAAACUGCACGUGCCCACUGAGAUCAAGCCCACACGUCCAGACCGUAGUUGGCUUGUGAUGCCGUUUGGGAAGAACCCGUGGUGGGUAUAUCUAGGCAGCUUUGUCCCUGCUCUCCUUGUCACGAUCCUCAUCUUCAUGGACCAGCAGAUUAGUGCCGUAAUUGUCAACCGCAAGGAGAAUAAACUUAAGAAAGGUUGUGGCUACCACUUGGACCUGCUCUGGGUUGGUAUACUGAUGGCUGUAUGUUCCUUCAUGGGCUUGCCCUGGUAUGUAGCUGCCACUGUCAUCUCCAUCGCCCACAUUGACUCUCUAAAAAUGGAAAGUGAGUCCAGCGCCCCUGGAGAACAGCCCCAGUUCCUAGGUGUCCGGUAA